AUGAAGCGUUUUAAACAUAUGGAAGAGGAAUUUUAUACCAUAGCCUGGACAACUGUUGAAGUUGAAGGCAGUAAACGUACUAAUAUAUUAGCUGCUGCAGGUCGUAUGCAUGAAAUCAGACUACUUCAUCCAGAACAGUUGGUGUGUUAUGCUGAAAUGAAAGGUCAUACAGAAGAUGUGACAGCUAUGAUAUUUCAUCAAACACAAUCUACAAUUUUAUUCAGUGGAGAUUCUAAAGCAUCUGUAAUCGUUUGGGAUAUUGGAAUUCCAUCUGUUCCAGACUAUAAAACACGUUAUCAACUAUUAAUGCGUCUUCGUUGUCCUAGAUUAGAUGUGAAUCCAGUAUUAAAUCUAGUUUUCCUUCCACAUUAUGCUUAUUUAAUAGCUGGUUGUGAGGAUGGACUGUUUGCAUGGAAAAUAACCGAUCUACGUUUAGAGAAACGAGAACGUGAACCGGAUAUGGAGUUGAAAUUGGACUUUAAUCAUGAAGUUUGUAUUGAUGCUUUAGCUCAGCUAAGCGAUAAUGCACUAGUUUUAAAAGUAGUAGAGUCUGGUGAAAUUAUGGUGUUCGAUUUUGCAUCUAUUUUGGAACGACGUAAAGGACUUCAGCGUGUUGUCCCAAUUGAGAUGCGAGGUCACUUGUUAUGGCAGAAAACGGAUGAAAUCUAUAUCAAUGUAUCUGUUAGACAAAAUCUAGGCGCUGUCCUAUGCGGUGAUAACGAAGGCUCAAUUUGGAUAUAUGACUUGGAUCCAUACUUGGAUGAUUUGCAUUCUUCUAGUCGUAAACGUUUUCAUGUAAAACCAAUCAAGAUUCUUGAAUGGCCUGAAUGUUCAGUUCAAGGUAAUCGUGAUGAAGAUCAACAAUUGAAAGAAAGUAUUACAUCAGGUUUUCGUAAUCCUGUUGUAAAUUCAGUUGAAAUGAGCUCAGAUGGUUAUUAUCUAGCAGCUGUAACUGAUAACAAUCUUGUAUGUAUAUGGCGAUAUGCUCCACCCCAACAACAACAACAGUACUCUCAAAUAAUCCAACAAACCACAACAUCAUCAUUACAUCAAACUACUCCUAUGCAACAUAAUAGCAAUCAAUUAACAGCUAUCAAUAGUUCUAUUGUUACUGUUCCCAAUGUUGCUAGCAUAAUCAAUGAUGACACAUCGUCAACGAUAGCAUGCAUGGAACUUUUAAACAAUACUAAUACUAAUAAUUCAUCAAUUGCUUUAAAAUCAAAUGCCAUAGAACUUGUUACUACCGGUCAACAUUUAUUAGAAUAA